GGUUGUGUAGACCUUUUCUCCCAGGGACCUCUCGUCUCCCGGCUGCUUCCACUCCCUGCUCCUUUGAAUUCCCUUUGAAAGUGACAGGAGAGGAGCCGGCUCCUCUGUCCGUUGGGGCAUGUGGGCAGAGGGCAGUUCCUGGGGCUGAUGUCCUCUGGAAGAAAGGAAGGUGCAGUGCGGUCCCUCAUGCCCGGGGCGGCAGGAUGCAAAGGAUUGAAUAUAGCCACAGAAGAGAAAAUGUGGAGCUGUGCGGCAUUAGACGAGACUAAAUAAAACCUGUUGACGCCUGUUCUGGUAAUGCUUGAGGCCAAAGCGAGGGGGAGCGUGUGUGCGAUUCACCUCCUGGAGCCUGAAAACUUUGGGUCAGGGAAGCUGGGGCUGCAGGGACAGGGCCAGCAGACAGGCGAACUGGCGGCUCGGUGCUGACUGUGCGCUGGACCGGACGAGGAUCCACUUGGGAGACAUCUCGGGGUCUUGGAGAAGUGACUUCUAGAGAACUUCAAGCUUUUCCUUUUUGUUGAUUUACAGACGAAGAGUAUAGGGGAUGGUGCAUCUGAUAACAUUGGAACAAAGUGCGGGGAAGAGCUGCAAGCAAGGGGGUAUCGGUUUGUCCGUAGUCUCAAUGAUGGUGGUGAUCCUCUGGUUUACGAUGAUUUAGAAGUUGCUUCUGAGCUUUGCGAUGGAAAGAACCUCACCAUGGAGCUUGGGGGUUGGUGGGAAUCCUCUUUGGGCAUUCUGAUCCUCUCUUGCGCUCUCACCCCAUUCCACCUCCUUCACUCCCUAUACACCAACCUACUUCCUCUCUCUCUCUCUCCCUCCCUCCCUCUCUCUCUCUCUCUCUCUCUCUCUCUCUCUCUCUCUCUCUCUCUCUCUCUCUCUCUCUCUCUCUCUCUCUCUCUCUCUCUCUCUCUCUCUCUCUCUCUCUCUCUCUCUCUCUCUCUCUCUUUCGCUCUCUCGUUCGAUCCCCCUUCUCACUUCUUCCGUCUCCCCUUUCUCUUCUCUUUCCUUCUCCCUCUCCCACUCUCCCAUACUCCCAUAUAUAUACGAAUACACAUAUACUCACAUUCUCUCUGGCUAGGAGGAGUCCAAGUGCAGCCCACUCUGCAGCUCUGGCGGCGCUGGGCUGCUAGCCGUGCUAGCCUGCUUGCAAUAGAGCUCUUUUGAAGGCUAAUUUUCUUGGAAUGUGUUUACAAUCUUGAAUGGAGCUGGAGCUGGAAACAAGAUGAUGCUGCCUGGAGUGAGCGAUUCUAUGUAGAGUAAGGAAAACGAGGAUGCCGUGCUUGUCUUCUCUGGGAGAAAGCGGUACAUUUUUUGGGGGGGUAGAUUGGUCACAUAAUAUUUUAUGAAAAAUACAAGAAAGCAACACUGGGAAGAUGAUUCUGUCAAAUGUGAUAUAAUCUAUACAACAUCUAGUAUCUCAUCUCCAGUUGCAUUUAGUAUACUCAGCUCAUUAAGGCAUAACAGAGCCUCUCCCAGACCUUGUCUAACUGGACUACUUCUAUGGACCCUGAUGAUACUAGGGAUCAGAGGGGACACAUGUAUCAUCUCCCCUAUUUCAAUGAUAGAGUGCAACAAAAUCAAACAUUUAUUUGGCUGCGCCUCAUCAUGAACCGUGCUUUUAGCAGGAAGAAAGAUAAAACAUGGAUGCAUACUCCUGAGGCUUUAUCGAAACAUUAUAUUCCCUAUAAUGCAAAGUUUCUUGGCAGUACAGAAGUGGAGCAGCCCAAAGGUACCGAAGUUGUGAGAGAUGCAGUUAGAAAACUAAAGUUUGCAAGACAUAUCAAGAAAUCUGAAGGUCAGAAAACUCCUAAAGUUGAAUUGCAAAUAUCAAUUUAUGGGGUAAAAAUUCUAGAACCAAAAACAAAGGAAGUCCAGCACAAUUGCCAGCUUCAUAGGAUAUCAUUUUGUGCAGAUGAUAAAACUGACAAGAGGAUAUUUACUUUCAUAUGCAAAGAUUCUGAGUCAAAUAAACAUUUGUGCUAUGUAUUUGACAGCGAAAAGUGUGCUGAAGAGAUCACUUUAACUAUUGGUCAAGCAUUCGAUCUGGCCUAUAGGAAGUUUCUAGAAUCCGGAGGAAAAGAUGUUGAAACAAGAAAACAGAUUGCAGGGUUGCAGAAAAGAAACUUAGUGUUCUCAUGUGACUUUGCUUCACUUCCUGAUGCUUCUCAUGGGGAUCAGAGCAGCAGAAGGAGCAGAUGCUGGAUACAAGAACUAGAAACUGAGAAUAUAGAACUCAGAAAUAAAGUCCAGGAUUUGGAAAACCAGCUAAGAAUAACUCAGAUAUCCACAUCUCCAGCAUCCAGUGUGACACCUAAAUCACCUUCCACUGACAUCUUUGACAUGGUUCCUUUUUCUCCCAUCACUCCUCAGUUAUCAACACCUACUCGCAAUGGUACACAGCCUCCUCCAGUACCCAGUCGAUCUACAGAGAUAAAACGAGACCUUUUUGGAGCAGAACCUUUUGAUCCCUUUAACUGUGGAGCAGGGGACUUCCCUCCAGACAUUCAAUCAAAACUGGAUGAGAUGCAGGAGGGGUUCAAAAUGGGACUAACUCUUGAAGGCACGGUAUUUUGUCUCGAUCCAUUAGAUAGUAGGUGCUGAUGCCAAGAACAAGAGAUCCUGACUCUUGUAUGACAUUUCUUUUUAUCAUUAUUAUUAUGAUGUGUAUUACAGGUAUUAUUCAUGUGCCAAAAAUUUUUGUUUUUAGACAUGUUAACUUCUGUGAAAUAUGCUUCAGUAAGACAUAAACGUAGGUUCAGUGUUGACCUGUAAAAUUGUAAAAAAGCCACAUCUGCAUGUGAGCUCUUCAUUAAGUUACACCAUUAUGUUCCUUUCUGUUUCUGUUGGAGAUAAAUUUAUAUUACUAAAAAAGAGAGUCUCCUAAUUCUUCAUCAUGAGUUAGAAGUACUUUUGAAAGCCACAAAACUAUAUUACCUUUUUUCAGUCCACUAGGAUAUGAUUGAAUUCUACUUAACUGGAACUUAAUACUUUCUUCCUGGUAUUUUUGGGGAAAAAGUAUCUAACUGAAAGUGCAAGACUUGGCUAGACAUUUGAAAAAACUAACUAUGACUACGUCUAAAUAAUAUACAUGCUAGCCAAUUCACUGGGAGACAGCAAAAUGGUUAUUUGGUGCUAUGAGAGCCCAAAAGAAGCAGUUCCUACUUUCAGUUAACUUUGAUGGUAUCAUGUAGUUAUAACUGAUUAUUCUGCAUAUUAAGCCUAUGAAAUUUUUAUAAGUCACAAGCCAUGUACAUCAUUGUGUCUAUUAGUUGCUUUUCAUAUCACUGGAGAAUUUUACAUUUUAAAAAUAAUGACCUCAGGUCACUAACUUUCAGACUGGUGAAACGAUUAGUGAAUAGAAAUUAAAAAGAUAACAAAAUUGAAUGUAUUUAGAAUAUAUAGCAGCAAGCAUAGAUGCCACAUAGUUCUAAUUGUUAUAUUCAAUUGUUUACUAUAUAUUUCUUUUUCAUCUUAAAAUAAAAUUUGCACCAUCUAAGAAAAUAUAGAAACAUCAUUUCAAUACCAUCUUAUUGAGAAUGAUAGUUAUAUAACAAAGCAUAUAUACCUUUCUAAUUUGAUAAUACAGAGAAAUAUAUUUGAACAUAGAUUCUGCAUAUAUUUACAACACAUCAUACUUAUAUUUACUUUAGAAAAGCAUUUUUCUCCACCAAAGUAGUCUGUCUCUUACUGGAAUAUUUCCCUCUGAAAUUAGUAUUACAUUCGGUGCCUAGAACAGUGCCUUGCACGUCAUAGGCAUUUUUAUAAGUAUUUGUUGAAUUGAAUCAAAUCUCAAAUGCUUAUUUUGAGAUGCUUCAAUUAAUAUUGAUAUUUUAGCAUUUAUGACAACCAUUCAGCAUGACUAAGUGAAAAAUCAUUAAUAAUAAUAUGAUGUGACCAAAUUUCAUUUUAACCUGAUUUUCCUAAAAAUAUAAGUCCAUCCUUUGUAGACACACAAAUUAAGUUUCUGCUAAGGUUAGAGAAUGACUUGGCUCCUUAUAUUCCAUUAAUCAUUAACAUGAGCAAUAAAUAUUUAAUUUUGUUUUGAAUCAGUUAUAACUUUGUUCAUUGAAAGUUUUUUAUUAUACAGGCUUCCUCAACAUAUAACAUGCUUAAAACUCAUUUUAAUGCUAAUAAAGUGUACCCUAAAAGUAAAUCUUACUGGGUUUCUCUUGACACUACUUUACUAGAAAAAGAGCUUAAAGAUUUGUCAGUUUAGAAAUAGAUGGAUGCUUAGAAGUCCUCCUCAUAAAAAGAGAUUGUUUUCUUUAUGGAUUAAUAAGCAUUUGUUUUUCUUCUGUAUCCUAGAUGAAAUAGAAGCUGGGAAAAUAUAAACUAUGUUCAUGCAACAUCACAUUUCUAUGAGUUUUUAAUGUUUUAAGGUGUAUAUGAGUUUAUCUUUUCUACUUUAUGUUCACAUGUAUCACUAAUUCCAGAGUAGUAUAUGUUUCAUAAAGAGAAGUCUUUAUAAUUUUGUUUGUCAUAUAGUAUUUUGGAAUUUGUAUAAUGAGGAUGUUUAGUAGCCAUAUCUCAAUGGCUUUUUUAACAGAUAGAAUUUGUAUUUUUAUUGUACUUUAAAAAGCUUUAUGUAAUAGGCAUAUAUUUAGUGGCCAUUUACUAUCAAUGGUAACACAGUACUAAGAUGAUAUUUGCACACUUAACGAACUUUUUCUUUACUGAUUUUUUAAUGGUAAUCACGUAUGGAAAUGGCAUGAUUAAAUAAUACUUAACUGGUCAUUCUGUUCAAAAAUGCUUAAUUCAACAGUGCAUUUUUAAUGAAAAAUUUGGUUGAAAACUGUAUUUCUUUGUAAUCUUAAUGGUAUGUUUGAUUUUGCUGCAAAUAAAUGUUUUUAAGUAAA